AUGCCUCACGCGUACGCCGACGGAGCCUCAGAAUGCGAAUCGGCGUCCGAGCCCAACCGCCGUCAUCCCAGAGAAGAACCACAUGCAGGCCUGACACGAUCCUCUGCGCCUCAACCAACGUCAGAUUCGACGUUCGUCCCAGCCAGCAAAAAGGAAAAUUGCCUGCUCGUGGCGGAGAAUCGAUCCCCCGGUGCGCUUCGAAGGCGCGACUCCCCAGGCACCAUGUUGCCCGGGCAUGCCGCGAUCACGUUCGGAGACUACGACCGCUUCGUUAAGCAGUCGACGGGAGGAAGUCCACGCACCGCGAAGGUGUUCGCAUUACCAGGAAUGGCUAGGAGAACUGGUGUUCGGGGCGACCACAAUCAUCACGCGCGGCGGCGGGAUACGACGCCAGGGUACCACAGAGCAAGCCUCGAUGAGGGCGCUUCGGGCGUCGCGCGGCGCAACGAAAGCCUGACGCCUAUCAAGAUUCGAGCUUUGAGUUACCGCCAUCGCCACACGCUGUCAAGAAGGGGGGAGUGA